ACAACCAAAAAAAAAAAACCAGAGGCCUCGGAGAGAGAGAGAGAGAGAGAGAGAGAGAGAGAAAGAAAGAAAAAAACAAAACCGUAAAAAUGAAUCUCGGCGGCGGAGCUGGUGGUGGUUCCGGCACCGUCUUAUCCCCGUCCUCCGCCGUAAACCAAUGGACCCACGCCCUGUCCCGUCGCUACCAGCACCUCCUCGACAAAUCGACCCCGCAUGUCCUCCGCCGUUGGAUCGGCUUCUCGCUGAUCGCGUUCGUCUACGCCGUGCGCGUGUACCUCGUCCAGGGGUACUACAUCAUCACCUACGGCCUUGGCAUCUACAUCCUCCAGCUCUUCAUCCUGUUUCUCUCUCCUCAGGUCGAUCCCGAGAUCCAGGACGGGCCCACGCUCCCCACCCGCGGAUCCGACGAGUUCCGCCCCUUCGUCCGCCGCCUCCCAGAGUUCAAGUUCUGGCAUUCCAUCACAAAAGGCUUCUGCUUUGCUUUUGUGCUGACAUUCUUCAGUGCAUUUGAUGUGCCCGUAUUUUGGCCAAUUCUAUUGUUCUAUUGGAUCGUGCUGUUUGUUUCAACAAUGAAGAGGCAAAUAAUGCACAUGGUCAAAUAUAAAUAUGUCCCAUUUUCCUUUGGAAAGCAGCGCUACACCGGAAAGAAAGUAGCUUUGACUGAUGAUAAGGACAUUGUAUCAGCAUAGGACUUCAGCAUUUGAAGAACCAUAAAGAACCCCAUGGUACUGUGAUUGUUGCUCUCUUGUUCAGUGACUACUGGUGCAUGAUCACUCAAUGCAAUCGCAACUCCUCGUCAAUCUACAAAAUCGGCGAAGCUUGCUGCAUCCUCUUGCAUCAACAAUAUCACCAAUGAUCACCCUAAAAGCGAAGUCGUGACUAGGGGAACAUUGGCAAUGGAGGUCACUAUGGGCUCUUCUGUUGCGAAUUUCCAUUCUCUUCUGCUCUGUUUCGUUCUAUGACAACAGUGAAAAUCAGUCCAUGAUAUUUUCAAAAGAGCAAAAUUUUUUACCGGUAGAAUUGGAUGGAAAUUUGUACCGUACAAGAAACGUAAACCUAGCCAUCAAAACUAGAAGAAACGUCAAACUAGCCAUCAAUACUCGUACCAUGCGAGAAAACCCGAGUAACUUCGGCAGAAACGAUAUCGAGUGAUUCGCAAUCUUAGGAUGGGGAUGAUAUUUACAUUGAGCAAUUGUACAUAAGUUUGCAAUCUGAAAGACAUGGCCCCCAAAUCUUAACUUCAUGUUAUGGUUCGGGAGUGCAUCAAGUUUCUGAAAAUUGUGCCCAAUCGUUAGUCCGGUUGGUUGGUGAGUUUGCUCCCCAUACAAUUAACCAUAAUUUGAUUAUUGGGUCAAGCCGCAAUAAAGUAAUAUCUUUUGAAUUUCUAGCUCCGGCAUAGAUGGUCUACCUUUGCCCUGGACCGAGGAGAGAAUUAGUCAAUGUGCGAAAAAGCUAACCCAAACCCAAUUGACCGUCGAAUAAAAAAAAUGAGAGUUGCUAUGUUGUUUGGGGCACUAUGGCCCUGCUUUUUGACUAUGACGUGACUUGCCUCUUAUUUUUAGUCGUAUCUCAAAAAAUCUGCACUAUCCCGAUCUCAAUUUUUCUGAAGAUAAAUGUUUACCAAUAUCAGAACAAUAUAAAGAUCAUCACUGACCUCCCUUUCUGGAUAUCAAUCCUUAGAUUUACAAUUAAACCAAUGGAGCCAAAAACCAAAAACCCAUAUCGAAAUAAAGAAUGACUUAUCCAUAUCAUCAUAUUCAACAGAGUCCUAAUAGUUCAGGACUACUAUCACUUGUAAAUUUGAUGUAGAGGUGCAAACGAACCGAGCCAAGUUUAUUUACUAUACGAGCCUCUGCAAACAAGCCCGAACCUACACAAACGAGCUGAACUUUUUAUAGGCUGAGCUGAGCUUUAAAGGGUUGAGUUCGGUUUAUUUACUAAAUCAGCAUAAAACUUGAGCUCGAGCUCGAGCUCGGCUCGAUUACUAAACGAACCGAACCCCAAGAAGCCGAGCCCCAAGCUACAUGCAAGCAACUCAGUUCGUUUACAGCCUUAAUAUGACUUGAAGAAAGGCAAUAACGAGAAUGGUUCGUAAACAUUUGUUGUUUCUUUAGGAGAAUACAAAUCAUACAAUGCUAUUACAAAUUCAUGAAGUACAUAGGCAGGCAUUAGAAUUUGGAAGGAUAGACUAAUCGCCAGCCACCCUUAAAAGUACAGGAAUUUAAAGCAGUAUAUACAUUACGAGCAUAAACUGCAAACUGAAAGAUAAAAACCUGUUUUGUUGUUCGGAUACAACAGCAACACAAAUGAUAAUAUAUAUACAUAACAACGCAUCGUUUGAGCAUCGAUUAAACCUCCCUCCAGCGGAAAAGAGGCGUUUAGAAUUAGCGUAUACCAAGUAGAAGACCAUCAAGUAUGCUAUAACUCCUUCUACCUCCAUCUUCUUUCCUCAAAUCUGUCGCUCAGAAGCUCCAAAGCAUUCUUACGCGCUGCUACUCUUUCCAGUCGCGUAAGCCCAUUGAGGCAUAGCAUGGAUGCGCUUCAUCGCCUUCACUCCCAACGGGUUGUCCUUGCU